GGUCCUAGAAAAGAGGCAGAAGCCCGGGGACACCAUCGAGCUGACUGAAGAUGGAAAGCCCAUGGAAAUGCCCGAGAAGAAAGCUCCGCUCUGUGACUGUACCUGCUUCGGGCUGCCCCGGAGAUACAUCAUUGCUAUCAUGAGUGGACUGGGAUUCUGCAUUUCCUUCGGGAUCCGAUGCAACUUGGGAGUGGCCAUCGUGGAUAUGGUCAAUAACAGCACCAUACACCGAGGAGGAAAAAUUAUUAAAGAGAAAGCGAAGUUUAAUUGGGAUCCUGAAACAGUUGGCAUGAUCCACGGCUCUUUUUUCUGGGGGUAUAUAAUCACCCAAAUUCCCGGCGGGUAUAUCUCGUCCCGGCUGGCAGCUAACAGAGUAUUUGGUGCUGCUAUACUUCUGACAUCUUCCCUCAACAUGUUAAUACCGUCUGCAGCCAGGGUGCACUAUGGGUGUGUCAUCUUCGUUAGGAUCUUGCAAGGCCUUGUAGAGGGGGUCACCUACCCUGCCUGCCAUGGUAUUUGGAGCAAGUGGGCCCCUCCAUUAGAAAGAAGUAGGUUAGCAACCACUUCCUUUUGUGGUUCCUAUGCAGGAGCUGUUAUUGCAAUGCCUUUAGCUGGAAUUCUAGUGCAAUACACCGGGUGGUCUUCUGUGUUCUAUGUGUAUGGGAGCUUUGGUAUAGUCUGGUAUAUGUUUUGGCUUUUGGUUUCAUAUGAGAGUCCUGCAAAGCAUCCUACGAUCACAGAUGAAGAAAGGAGAUACAUAGAAGAAAGCAUUGGAGAGAGUGCCAACCUCCUAGGUGCAAUGGAAAAAUACAAAACUCCAUGGAGAAAAUUUUUUACAUCUAUGCCAGUCUAUGCAAUAAUUGUUGCAAACUUCUGUAGAAGCUGGACUUUUUACUUGCUGCUUAUCAGUCAACCUGCUUACUUUGAGGAAGUGUUUGGAUUUGAAAUAAGCAAGGUGGGUAUCUUAUCUGCUGUGCCGCACUUAGUGAUGACAAUUAUUGUUCCUAUUGGGGGACAAAUUGCAGACUUUUUAAGAAGCAGGCAGAUUCUCUCAACCACUACUGUGAGAAAGAUAAUGAACUGUGGAGGUUUUGGUAUGGAAGCAACUCUUCUUCUUGUGGUAGGAUAUUCUCAUAGUAAAGGAGUGGCUAUUUCAUUCUUAGUGCUUGCUGUAGGCUUCAGUGGAUUCGCCAUAUCUGGAUUCAAUGUCAACCAUUUAGACAUUGCCCCAAGGUAUGCCAGUAUCUUAAUGGGGAUUUCUAAUGGAGUCGGGACCUUGUCUGGAAUGGUUUGCCCUAUAAUUGUUGGAGCAAUGACAAAGAACAAGACACGUGAAGAGUGGCAGUAUGUCUUCCUCAUUGCUGCUUUAGUUCAUUACGGAGGUGUUAUCUUCUAUGGCAUAUUUGCUUCAGGAGAGAAACAACCCUGGGCAGACCCUGAACAGACAAGUGAAGAGAAAUGUGGCUUUAUUCAUGAAGAUGAACUUGCUGAAGAGACAGGGGACAUUACUCAGAAUUAUGUAAAUUAUGGUACCACCAAAUCUUACGGUGCUACAACCCAGGUCAACGGUGGCUGGCCGAACGGUUGGGAGAAAAAAGAGGAAUUUGUACAAGAGGAAGUACAAGACUCAUACAACUACAAGGAAGGAGAUUAUUCAUAACAAACCUAAAUAUUGGGUAUAUUUUGUAGUGUUUGUGAUUAAAUUCAUUGUGAUUGUUUGCACAAAGAAAUAAAAUGUGGUAUAAACAUUUAAACACAUAUCAAAGAGGAAGGUCUUACUGUAAAAAAAUACAUCAAAGUGCAAUCUGUAUGAGUUGUGACAUGUCAUCACUUUCAUUAGGUUAUAUUUGUUCUAUAAACAUUAGAGUUUUAAGGGUUUACUGGUCAAAACUAUAGAGGCAAUUACAUACUUACAGUAUACAAGAGCUAAAACUCAUAACUAAGGAUUAAAGCACAACUAAGCAACCAAGUUGGCACAUCUAAUGCUGUUUUUAGAAAGCCAAAAUUACUUGACCAUUAAAAAUGCACUUAUAUAUUUGUUACACUGUAUUGAAAGAGAUUGUGUUAAAUACACACGUUUACUCAGUGCAAUGUAGGAUUUGUGUGUUUAGUCUAAGACAAGAGCUUUCUUAAAUAAGAAAGGUUGAGUCCUAGGCAUUUACAGAGGAUUGAUCCAGUUCCUCUAAUGGUAAUUGUAUCAAGCCUAAAGAACAAAUAGGGCAUAUUGUAUGUUUAUUGUGAUUACAUGCUGCAGGCUACUCUGUGAUGAAUAAUGGAAUUAUUUAGGAGUUUUAUACUGAAUGUUUGGGCACAAAUUCUCAUUUCUAUCCUUUACAGAAACUUAUGAAAUUAUAGGUAUUGUCAUGUUCUUCCCUGCAUUAUCAACUCAUAUAAAAACAAUAUCUAAUGUUAAGUCUGACUUUUCAUGCAGACUGUCAAAUCCCUGUACUAAAAAACAAGCUUUAUUAUUCUUUUCUUUGCAGUAUAUUCCAACUUUGUACUGUUGUCUUUAGAGAGAGAAAAAAACUAAACAAUAUAACCUAGAAAAAGAUAUAGUCUUUUACGAUAUUCCAAAGAGAAAUUUACUAUGAGCAAGUAGCCCUAUGAAAAAGGAUGUAUUUGUUUUGCAGAAUAUUUUGAAACCAAUAGAAGAAACAGAGAAUAAUUUAACCCUUAUUCUUCCCUUAAUAGCUUUCAUAUUUUUACACAUCGUGCCACAGUUGUAUACAUAGAUAUAAGUUUAUUGAAGAUACUGUAAUUAUAGAAAAUUUUGCUAUUUUAGAAAUCCCUGAAAUAAAAA